UCAUCCUUUCGUACGACCUGAAAUUUUUGCUUCAUCCCAGUAGUUUAAAAAUGGAUGUCCCAACUCUAAUGCACAACCUAAGGGAAGAGGUAACCUGUUCUGUUUGUAUUCACUUGUUUAAGGAACCAAAGCAGCUGCCAUGUUUACACAUUUUCUGUCUUGAAUGUCUGAAUCGCUUGGCAAGGACGAACGCUCGCCAAGGCAAGAUUAAAUGUCCUAUCUGCCAGAUUGAAGUCGCUGUACCCAAUUGUGGCACAAUGGAAACUCUGCCUGAGUGUUUCUACUUGAAAAAUCUGCUGGAUAUUCUGGCCAUCAAAGAGUGCAACACAUCAAAGGUGACAUGUGGAAACUGCGACAUAAAAGGAAACGAAGCAUCUUAUUGUUUUCAUUGUAGUAAGUUCUGGUGCAAGGAAUGUUUGAUCGGACAUAACAUUUUAAAGGAACACAAAGAGCAUCGUGUGCUAUCCCUCAAAGAUUUUCAAGAUGAGGACUUUGAAGAUGUCAUUAGACGACCAGCAUUUUGUUCCAAAGAUUUCCACGAGAGAAAAGUGCUGAAGUUUUAUUGUAAAGUUUGCCAAGUUCCCGUUUGCAAAAAUUGUUUGGCUUUGGAACACUGCAAACAUGAUGUGGAGCCACUGGAAAAAGUUUUAACUUCUGUUAAGAACAGUAUUACGUCCAAGCUUGAAGAUGCUAAGAAAUUAUCCGAUACAAUUGCAAAACUCGUUCGUGAACGUGAGGAACAGAGUCAUCUUCUCGAAAUUCACUCCCAAAUUAUCAAACUACAGGUACAAGAAACGGUCAAAAAUCUUAUCCAGACUCUGCAAGAACAAGAGCGAGGAUUAGUAACCGACGUAGAAAAUCAAACUAAGGAAGCACAAGAAAAACUAAUGAAAGAAAAAGGAAAACUUCAAGAUCACCUGACGAGGACCGAAGAGAUCGUUUCACAAGUAACUCGCCUUCUCAAACGGAGCACUGGAGCAGAAAUUGUCAGGACAAAAAAAUCCGUAGAAGAAAUAUUUCAAGGGCACAAAAUUCACGAGAGACUUCAUGAAGAGAAACUCGGUCGCUUAGAUGAAACUGCAACUGACACAGAUCAAUGUUCAAUACAAUUAUCUGAAGAAGCAACUGCGGGGUUAGAAUCCAAGUUCAAAGUUAUCACGCGUAACUCUAUGAAACAACAGUACUAUUGCCCAGGGGACUAUAUCACUGCAGAAAUCAAGUCAGCUCAGAGUGGAAAAACCGCUGCAGAUGUGAGGAUCGUUGACGAAAAUAAUGGCAGCUACGCAAUUUCCUUUAUUCCAGGUGAAGCUGGACAGCAUCUAGCAACUGUUAUGGUAAAUGGUGAAAAGCUGAAGGAGCUUCCACUAAUUGACGUAGGAGAACGAACCUUCAAGAGCAUUGGAUUUAUAGAACAAAAACAUUUUGGUCAGCCGUGGGGAGUGACUGUUAACAAUUUAGAUGAGAUUUUUGUUACUGAUGUAGAAAAUAACACAAUUUUAGUCUUUAAUGAAGAUGGACAGUGUAUUAGGACCUUUGGACAGAAUCAGGUCAAUCAGCCCACAGGGAUAAGUGUAGACAAUGAAGGUAAGAUUUAUGUGGCUAACAGAGGCAGUAACAAAAUAUCAUGUUUUCAUCAAAAUGGUGAAUUAAUUUCAACUGCAACUGAAGACAGCUUACUAAGAUAUCCUCGGGGAAUUUGCCUUGAUUCAACGGGCAAUCUCGUUGUUUGUGAUACCGGGAAUAAGUGUGUCAAGUUUUUUUCUCCUGGUGGUAACAUUCUUAGGACAGUAGGAAAGGGCCGGUUACAAUGGCCACUUGACUGCCUGUGCUAUGACCUCAAAAUCUUUGUAUCCGAUCGAGAUGCUCACCUCGUAAAGGUUUACAGUGAAAAGGGGCACUUUUUAUACGAAUUCGGCAAAUAUGGUACAAGGCAUGGAGAAUUUAAUCACCCAACUGGACUGGCAGUGGACAAAACAGGUCACCUUUUAGUCUGUUGUGAAUAUCGUGAUGACGUGCAAAUAUUUACGCUGGGUGGAAAAUUUGCGGGCAAGUUUGCCAGAGAGGAAAUGGACCCAAGACAAAUUAAACGGCCUGCUUUAUUAACAGUGUUAAAGAGUGGUCGCAUAAUUGUUUGCGAGUUCGAAAGUCGUCGUUUGCAAAUUUAUGCGUAACUUUUGUGUUCGAAAAAAUCAUUUUAAUU